AGUGUUCCCUUGUUGCCCUGGCAGUGGGCAUCAGUAGCGGGUAUAGAGCAGGUGGCCGUAUGGGAUAAAGCUCGAGAACAUUACAGGUGAACAGGUAGUCUGGCGCUGAAGGUCACAGUGAACACUACUGGACGUGUCGGGCAGCGAGAGUAGUGGCGGUGGUGCCCUGCCCGUGAGAGCAAGAGACAGUGCGUGUGAGACUCGGGUUGGUCGCCCGUCCCUCCUCCAGUGUGCUCGCAGAGUCUCUUGGUGUUGAAACAGAGACUUUAGUGAACACAAGUCAACAUGAAGUCCACAAGCACAGACGACCCCAAGAUGGAAACGAGGGUUCUGAUGCCAGCCGAAUUCUCGCUGGUGGUCACUGCCCGUCCGUUGCCGCCCCUGGACCGCCUAGUGCCUGCCGAGGACUGCAUCAAGCUGUGCGCCACUCGGCCCCUGCCCAUCCAGACCCGUUACCUCCCCUUCAGCGGCACCGUCAGAGCGGACAACCUGCCCUUGCUGCCCUACCUCCCGCCCAUGGACGUGCGAUCCCGAUAUGGUGGCUACGAUUCCGUGGACGAGGAGGGACGACGCACAUGUAAUUGGGUCCGUUUCCUGAAAGUGGCGCCCGUGUACAGCCACGAGGUGAACCUGGUGGGGCGCCGUGCUGGGCCCCGCGGCGACGUGGUCUUCGAAGUUGUGAGGGAAGUGCUCCCCGGCGGUGAGCUGCUGGCGUUCCUUCUGCCAGACAUGAGUGGGGAGAACGCGCUUCUGCUGCCGGCGCUGACACUCAUCAGGUCUUCGCUUUAUCGCAGAACGAUCGAUUCCAUAAUGGCUGAGGCUCCUCUAGACCUCUCCAGGUCCCUGCUGACCUCGCCCCCGCCGCGCCCCUCCAACUCCAGCAUCAUGUCCAGAGACUCAGACGCUGUCUCUCCCUCAUCCUCUCCCUCACCAUCAUCAUCACCUGCAUCCUCAACGUCGUCACCUCCUGCAUUCUCGCCAACCUCAUCGUCAGUAUUCCACGUGGGUCGUCAGCAGCUGCAGUUCGGGCUGUCGCCUCGCCUUCCCAUGGGCCUUGCGCCACAGUCACCUUCUCCCAUGUCUACAAACAGUUCCUCCAGCAUCUCUGUCCAAACAAGUUCAGUCUCUCCUUCUAUGGCGCCCACCAAGCGGCGAGAACGGACGAUGCUGCCGUGCUCAGAGUGCGGCAAGGCGUUUGACCGGCCGUCACUACUCAAGCGGCACAUGCGAACCCACACGGGAGAGAAGCCCCACGCGUGUGACGUGUGCGGCAAGGGGUUCUCGACGAGCUCGUCGCUGAACACUCACCGGCGGAUCCACAGCGGCGAGAAGCCCCACCAGUGCGGCGUGUGCGGCAAGCGGUUCACCGCCUCCUCCAACCUCUACUACCACAAGAUGACGCACGUCAAGGAGAAGCCACACAAGUGCUCGCUGUGCACGCGCUCUUUCCCCACCCCAGGUGACCUGCGUUCCCACAUGUUCGUGCACAACGGACAGUGGCCCCACAAGUGCUCCAUCUGCGGCAAGGGCUUCAGCAAACUCACCAACCUGCGCAACCACGCACUCCUGCAUUCGGCCAAGACCCGCGUGCCGCCACCGGCAGCGCCAGUGUCCCCCUCGUCCGCCUCGCUGUAGCCUUCCAGCAGCACUCCUCCCACCUCCUUCGUCCUCGCCUGCCACACGCUACAGUCCAGGAGCGACGGCGCCCCAAUCAUCUCCAUCGCUCUCACCAAACAUGACACAAUGCCAAAUAGAGUCUAGAGGCUUAACUCUCCCUCUGUCGCACUUGUGCUGUGGUCACCCACCUUAUCUUUCGUCUCACCUCUUUCGCGAGAUAUACCUCUUCUGUCUGUGAUCUCCUGCAUUAGCGUGCAAUAUUUAUUUUUGUUCAUAAUGUACAUACUCGUUCACUAGUCUAAGUGUAAAUAAACAUUCCAACUUUA